AUUGUCACUGUGUAACUUUCGUCGUGGGUGGCUGUGUGAUAAAUUCGUGAAACGUACUAUCACAAAUGUGUAUUUGCCCUAAAGUUACUUACAUGAUUUGCUAAAAGCAUUUUCAGUGUGAUUUCGUAAAUAUCCACUGCCUAUAUCAUUAGUAAUAAGUGAAUUUUAAUGUGCUUACGUAUUAAAUAGUGUACAACGUUAUUUGAAGAAAAUGUUAUUGUGUGCUAAGUUUCAUAAUGGCGGCCCGUCGCGUCCCCCGCGCCUCCAUUUCGUUGACAGUCAAAUUAUGACAAUGCCGAUACGUAAAGUUUAGAAAUGUUGUGUUUUUGUAAAUAUUUUAGUGAAAGUUACUAGUUUUAUAGUUUAUAAGGACUCAAAAUGAAUACGGAGCAUCACAAUAUCAACACGGGUGGCGGCCAGCCCCCAGGAAAUUCAGAGCAGCAGCAGCAGACUGCGAAUUUGACCCCUACGACGUCCGCUACCGACCUGCGAGUUAACUCUGCGGCAGUAAACGUCGCUUUGUCUAGCGUCGCGAAGUACUGGGUGUUUACAAAUCUCUUCCCGGGACCGAUACCGCAAGUGUCGGUGUACGGUCUGCCCACGGGUACGAGGAUAGAAAAUGGGAAACCAGUGCAGGACCUUGGUCAAGCCCAUGCAAGCAUACUCAAUGGAGACCCCAACAUUAUACUUGGACAUCCGGGGCAGACCCAAGUUACUGUCUCGGCUGCGCAACAGUUACCACAGAUCAUUGCUACUCAGACACAAACACACGAUGCCCUGGUCCAUGCUCAGCAACAAGAGCUAUCCCAGCAGCAGGCAACUGGUCAGGUCACAACUAAUUCGGGUCAAACCCACCAGCAGGUACCCAAUAACCGGGUCGAGUUUGUACACCAUAACAUUGAUAUGGGGCAUCACUCACAGCAACACAUAUUGCAGCAACAGUUAAUGGCGGCGACAAGGCCAGAACACUCCAACCAGCAGAUCCAGCUAACAGUGAGUGAAGACGGCAUCGUCACCGUGGUCGACCCGGGCGGAGGCAAGCUGGUGGACAAGGAGGAGCUGCAUGAAGCUAUCAAGAUGCCGUCAGACCAGCACACACUCACUGUGCACCAGCUGCAGCAGAUUGUGGGGCAACAGGUGUUAGAGAACGUAGUCCGCAUCGAGCAAGCUACCGGCGAGCCGGCGAACAUUCUCGUGACACAGAACCCGGACGGCACCACGUCCAUAGAAGCCAGCGCCGCGGACCCCCUGUCCAUAGUCAAAGACGAAAAGGCCGGCUCCAAGAUAGAAACGGCCCACUUCGCGCUGCCUGCUGAGAUAAAGGACCUUAAGAGCAUUGAUUUGAAGAGCGUGGGAGCGAUGGGUAUGGAAGGAGCCGUAGUGAAGAUAUCCGCGGGAGCGGCGGACCACGACAUGCACGCCAUGUACAAAGUCAACGUCGAAGAUCUCUCGCAGCUGCUCGCUUACCACGAGGUCUUUGGCAAACUUAACGCGGACGGACAGCCCCAAGCCAAAGUAAUAAGUGAAGUGGAAGUAGAAGCGGGAACUAGCGCCGCCCUGUCCGCCGAGGAGAACUCGCCCGGACACCAUGCCUGUGAUAUUUGUGGGAAGAUAUUCCAGUUCCGAUAUCAACUCAUUGUUCACAGGCGUUAUCAUGGCGAAAGAAAACCUUUCACGUGUCAAGUAUGUGGAUCGGCCUUCGCUAAUCCUGUGGAGCUGUCAAGGCAUGGGAAAUGCCACCUUGACGUCGUUACAGCAGGUGACACAGCGGACAGGACCGCCAAGCGGCUGACGCAGGACAAGCCGUACGCGUGCACGACUUGCCAUAAAACAUUCGCGCGCAAGGAGCACCUAGACAACCACGUCCGCAGCCAUACUGGGGAGACGCCGUACAGAUGUCAAUUCUGCGCAAAGACAUUCACCCGGAAAGAGCAUAUGGUGAACCACGUUCGCAAACACACGGGGGAGACUCCGCACCGGUGCGACAUAUGCAAGAAGAGCUUCACGAGGAAGGAGCACUUUAUGAACCACGUCAUGUGGCAUACAGGUGAAACUCCACACCAUUGUCAAAUAUGCGGCAAGAAGUAUACUAGGAAGGAGCACUUAGCAAACCAUAUGAGAUCACAUACGAACGAUACCCCGUUCCGCUGCGAACUCUGUGGGAAAUCUUUCACAAGAAAGGAACACUUCACCAAUCACAUACUGUGGCAUACCGGCGAAACCCCCCACCGCUGCGACUUCUGCUCGAAAACGUUCACCCGCAAGGAGCAUUUACUGAACCACGUCCGGCAACACACGGGCGAGUCUCCGCACCGCUGCAACUACUGCUCCAAGUCCUUCACGCGCCGGGAGCAUCUGGUCAACCACGUGCGCCAGCACACGGGAGAAACGCCCUUCCAGUGCGGGUACUGUCCCAAGGCCUUCACGAGGAAGGAUCACCUAGUAAACCACGUGCGACAGCACACCGGCGAGUCCCCUCACAAGUGCUCGUUCUGCACCAAGUCGUUCACGCGCAAGGAGCACCUCACCAACCACGUGCGGCAGCACACGGGCGAGUCGCCGCACCGCUGCACCUACUGCGCCAAGUCAUUCACCAGGAAGGAGCAUCUCAACAACCAUGUCCGACAGCACACGGGGGAAACUCCGCACAAGUGCACGUUCUGCCCGAAGGCGUACUCGCGCAAGGAGCACCUCAACAACCACAUCCGCCAGCACACCGGCGACGCGCCGCACUCCUGCUCUUACUGCAACAAGAGCUUCUCCAGGAAGGAGCACCUUGUCAAUCAUGUCCGGCAACACACGGGCGAGACUCCGUUCAAGUGCACGUACUGCUCGAAGUCGUUCUCUCGCAAAGAGCACCUCACGAACCACGUGCACCUGCACACCGGCGAGACGCCGCACAAGUGCCCCUUCUGCACCAAGACCUUCAGCCGCAAGGAGCACCUCACCAACCACGUCAGGAUACACACGGGCGAGUCACCUCACCGAUGCGAUUUCUGUCACAAGACGUUCACGCGGAAGGAACACCUGACCAACCACCUGAAGCAGCACACGGGCGACACGCCGCAUUCCUGCAAGGUGUGCUCCAAGGCCUUCACUCGCAAGGAACAUCUGGUGGCUCACAUGAGAUCACACAGCUGUGGCGAGCGGCCGUUCAGCUGCGGCGAGUGCGGCAAGUCGUUCCCUCUGAAGGGCAACCUGUUGUUCCACGAGCGCUCGCACAACAAGAACGGCAACGGCGCCCGGCCCUUCCGGUGCGACAUCUGCUCCAAGGACUUCAUGUGCAAAGGUCACUUGUCGUCGCACCGGCGCACGCACGCGGUGGCGGGUGCGGGUGCGGGCGCGGGCGCGGGUGCGGGUGCGGGGGGCGAGGCGGCGGGGGGCGAGCCCGAGCCCGCGCCCGAGUGCGGGGACUGCGGCGUCAAGUGCGAGAAGGACGCGCAGGAGCCCGAGCGGAAACACGACGUCAGACCUACAGCAAAUACAAGUCCGGCGGAGAGCGCCGUAGCACAAAACCCCCAACAAGCUAACGCGACUGUGAUGCAAAUUACCAGCCAACAAGUCCGAGCGCCGGGCGGCGUGGCGCUGGAGACAGCGACAGCCACGUUCGCGCACCCCGUCACCGUCAACUACUAACUGUCCAACUCUCCCCUCCUCCCCUCCCACCCCACCCCUCCAUACUCUACUACUAAUUCCACUACUAACUCCACUGCUAUCGAGACCCCUGCUGCAUGCCUGGGGUGACCGGUCACCCUUCGAAAUGCUAUCACAAAUCUUACGUUGGCGUUCGAUAGCGCAAAGAGAAAUAGAUGUGGCGUUUUGAUUGGUUAAACGUCUGCUAAAUAUACGACCAAUACCGAUUUUAAAUACGGCCGAGCUUAGCACCGAUUUCAAACUGAUCGAAACUGCCGAACGGCUUGUAUUAAACAUAAAUGUGAGUCAGGUCUAGACAAUUUCCUAAAUUGUAUUUUCUUUGCCCCAGCGAUUGGAUGUAAUCUUCUUGCCAGACGACGUAGCGCUUUUAUUCGGUUUACAUAGGGGUCAUAAAAAAUUUAAUCUGCAGUUCACUUUCGGCAAACUGAAUAUCAAGACAGUGAUAAAAUGCCCAGUAGAAAGCGAGUUAACUUCAUACUCCACUACAUACAGUACAACUCAUAAACCAGAAACUAGUAAAUAGUAAGGAUAACGAAUCUCCGUACAAAGUUUAUCCAAUUUAUUUUUUAUUGAGAAGUACAGAUCACCAUACAAGAACAUUACUUGUAUGGUGAUUAGCUUUAAUUUCUACUUGCGUCAUAAUGCUCGAUUUUCUGACACUAAACUUCUUGAGCUGUUUUAGAAAUUGUCUCUAUGUGCUGCAGAUAAAUAUUUUACUGACAAAUUGUGUGAUCUUGUAUUCUUUGGUACCGGAUUUAACUAUUGUUAAUUAUCUUCUCAGUUCCUUUUCUCUUUUAUUAUAAUAGAUGGUGAAAUCUUGGUGAUAGAUACUUAUGUAAAUAAAUUUGUAUUCAAUUUUAUCAGCCAUAUCGUAAGUUGCUAGUCUGUGACGUCAGUAUCUUACCUGUUUUCCUAAUAUACAAUACUAAUUAAACAUGCCCGUUGUUACUCGUGUAUAACGGAUUAAUGUUAUAGUUAUGGAAAUAGCGGUUACCAGGUUAAUUUUACAAUUUUCUGUAAAUACUAGUUUAGAAGCAUUAUGUUACAGAUGGAACUUGAUGUUAUAGUUCUAAUGCGCGGAUCAUCACAGAACGUUUUACAUUCCUUGCCAGAAAAUUGAAUUUUACAAAGUUUUAUCUGUUUUAGUAAAGAUUAAAAGGGCAGUCGGAACUUAUUGAGUAUAUAUUACGUACGCAAAUGCGGUGAAACGUUGGGUGUAAUGUAAUAUUGUAAUGUAAAUAGGGACCACAGAGAAGCGAGAAUGAAGCUUCAAGACUCGCAGUUUCCCAGAAGUAACAGCUGUAUAAAUCUCAGUUCUGAUUGAGUGAAGUUUUACAAAAAUUUUAACUAUUUUUGCCACAUACCGUCUUUUAUGAUCAAGCUUAUAGAUAUGAUUAUAUUUUGCCAUGAUUGUACAAUACAAGUGUGAUAAAAUUGAUGUUUUUUUUAAUUCGAUAAAAUUCUAUAGCUAUAUGAAAUGGUGGUGUAUCGCUUAGCCAUUGUCGGCGUGAAGUGGUGUUGUAAUCACUUCUGUGAUCACGUACCGGCUUGCAAACACAAUACAGCUUAUUUAAAUGUACAUAGUCUAGUUGUAAAUGAAAAGGUGUACCCUCUAGGUAUAUUAAGAUUUAUUUUUAAAUUAUGUUAACACUGGCUGGAAAAUUAUUAAACAUAUGACAAUGAAACGAUUGAAAAUCGUUAUUAGUUAAUGAAAUUUCGUUUUAAGACGCGAAGAAUCAUUGGGAUAAAUUAUAUCAGAGCCAAACAAAAUGGUAACUUAUCUUCAAUGGUGCCACGCUAAUUUAUAUUUAUAGGAAAACUAAAUCCCUAAACACAAUAGUAAGUACUAAAUUAUGUUCAGUAAUUUGAUAUGAAUGAGAUUAAAAAAUCAAACAAA